UUGCGGCGAGCUUCAACGUUUGUAAACACAUGGUUGCUCACCUGUUCGGCAUUGCUUGUCAAACCGACCGAAUCGCAAGAUCACUGAUUGAAGCUGUCAUACAAAGAUUCAUCGGAUCUUAAACUCAACAUCAACUGAAGGGAGAAUGGCUUAUCCUGUGAUAUCUACUCAAGACGUUUCCACUACGAAAAAAGACAGGUGGCUCAUCAAGAAACAGAAAGAAGACGCUAAGAACCGAAUCAAGAGUAUGAAACGUAAAGAGUAUCAGAAGCUGAGAGUGAUGGUGCCGUCCAUAGCAUCCAAACCAAAUGUAUCUAAGGUGACGGUGAUUGAAGAGGCUGUCCGAUACAUUGAUCAACUUCAUGUAGCUUUGCUGACUAAGUUGGAGGAACAAGAGUCUUCAUCCGUUGCACCAGAAGGUUCAUCAGAGAUGUUGAAGCUGAGUAUCUUGGACGAGGUGCAUGCACGUGCGUUGGGAGGUGCCGCUCUAGAACUUAUGAAGAAGGCAGAUUUCUCCCUCUACAAGAAACUGCGCGAAGAAAUGGAGAACUUUGCCCGCUGGAAAUUCGACAUCAUUGAUCAAACUGACAAGAAAAGCAUGAUGGACGGAGGCCUCUCGUUCACCAAGAACUAAUCAGCAUCCUACCAUAACCGGGAAUCAUGAAAAAUAUUCAUGGAAAUAAAGAAAUAAGGAAUCAUUUGAUGUUUUAACGGUUUAUUGUUUUUAUAUUUGAUACCGGUAACCUUCCCUGUGAAUGAUAUUCAUAUGCACUCUCACAUACCAAAAAUAUACUGAAGAAAAUGUAUCAUUGAUAAAAUAAAGAUUCCAACUGCAGAGAGAAA